AUGACAGCAGCAGCAUUCUUUUAUGGCACCUUAAUGUCGCCCGUCGUACGCAAUCGAGUGCUUUGCGGUGCGGAUGCGUCUGUUGACCACCACGAGCUUAAGAAUUCAAAGAUAAAGCCGCAGCAUGCUGUACUCAAGGGACAUAGACGACAUGCAUUGAAGGGCCGAGAUUACCCUGCAGUUGUAUACACGGGUGAUGACAAGGAUGAGGUCACUGGUAUCCUCGUUCAAGGGCUCCAUGCAUUAGAUGUGAACCGUCUUGAUGCUUUUGAAGGACCUGAAUACAAGCGGACCCCUGUGCAGGUGACGGCAAUUUCGGAUGAUCAAGAUGGUCAACAAGAACCGGUAGAUUGCGACGUGUACCUGUGGAUUGGUGAUAAGGGCAUACUCGAAGAACAAGGAUGGAAUCUCGAGGACUUUGUCAAUGGAGGAAAGCAAAAAGACUGGUUGCAAGAUCGAUGCGAGUUUUUCAGCGUUGAUGAUUUGGAUAUCCACCACAACAAUAAUUGA